CGUCGACGUUGUCGAAAUUUACCCGUGGCCAAUAUUUCCAUCGACGAUCUGGCGUUCUCCACCAUCCAAGUUUGUCAAUCCAUUCGCUAACGACAUCCUACGGACUUCGUCUAGUUUCGCUCCAUAAACUUGGUACACGCGUCGAACUGCUAUGUCUUCACCUAGCGCCGGCAAACGUCGUAUGGACACGGACGUCAUAAAGCUCAUAGAGAGCAAGCAUGAGGUGACCCUGUUAAAUGGCUUGAAUGAAUUCUGUGUAAAACUGUAUGGUCCACGAGGAACACCGUAUGAAGGUGGUUUGUGGAAAGUCCGUGUUCAUCUACCAGAACAUUAUCCAUUCAAGUCUCCUUCAAUUGGCUUUAUCAACAAAAUUUACCAUCCUAACAUUGAUGAAGUAUCUGGAACCGUUUGUCUUGAUGUCAUUAAUCAAGCUUGGACAGCUUUAUAUGAUUUGCUUAAUAUUUUCGAAUCAUUUUUACCCCAACUACUUGCCUAUCCAAAUCCAAUUGAUCCACUGAAUGGUGAUGCUGCUGCUUUGUACUUGCAUAAACCUGAACAGUAUAAAAAACGAGUCGAAGAAUAUGUCAAGAAAUAUGCAACCGAAGAAGCACUCAAAGAUGAUGGAAAUGCUGGUUCAGAUAGUGACGAAUCAUCUAUGUCUGAGUUCAGUGAAAGUGAAGCACAAGACAUGGAACUAUAGCCAUUAUUUAUAAAAAAUCAAUAAUUAUAAUUAUUACGUAUCCAGUUUUUUCAUUUGUUUUCACUAAUUUACUUAAAUUUUAGUUAAAAUUAGGUAGUUAUUAGUAGGUUUUUUAUGUUGACAACAUGUUCACAAUAUUUGGAGAGUUAAUUUUGUAGAUACUUUAUUAUUUUUAAGGACAAGCAAAUUAAUUUGUGAUAUUCUAAAAUGAAAAAAAAAAACAAAGUAUGUCACACUUUUAUUAAUUUUUCUUAACAAUACAUUUGGAUUGUUUUUUGGCUGUGUACACAAUCUGGUAAAUUUAAAAGAAAUGAGAAGAGAUAGUUAAUCAAACUAAAUUUAAUGCUUUUCUCAUAUAAUCGUUUUUGCCAUCAAAUAUAUUUAUAAAUAUUCUUAUAACUAAAAAAAAAGUUAUAUUUUUUGAGUUAAAUUUCAAACAUACAAAUUGCUAAUGUAAUUAUUGCAUUAGAGCUUAAGCUCUAAGUUUGAAACAUUUGAAAAUUAUCAAUAUUCUAUUUCAUGUUUUACAGUAACUUACUAGAAAAUAGAAGAAAAAAUUUAAUUAAACCUAGAAUUUUUAUUAUUUUUACCAGAUCCAAAAUUAACCACUAUUUCUUUAAACAAAAUCAUAAAUAAAGUCAACUUAAAAAUAAAUAUAUAGUUUUAACCUAAUUGAUAACGUUAUUUUAAUUCACAAUUAUUGUUUUGUCAAUAUAUAUUUUAAUGGGUACGAAGCUGGCGUAAUUAUUAUAUAUUAUAAAAAAAUUAUUUUGUGCCAGAAUGGUGAAAGUAUACCAUGUAGCCUUAAGAUUCUGGAACUAAAAUAAUAUUGCUCUGCUAUUAUAUUUUACUUUAAUUUUCUUUUACAAAACUUUUUAUUAUUUAUUGUAAUAAUACUUUAUUUAAAAGCUUUCGUGCAAAAGUUUUUUUUUUUUGAAUUUUAAGAGAUUAGUAAAAAAAAUAUAUAUAUAUAUUUGGUUGCAUACUUCAAGUAUAAUAAUAUAUAAAGAGAACAUGUUAUUUUAAAUUUUCGUUAUGAUCUUCAAUUUUUUUUAUAUAUAUAUAUAAAUAAAUAAAAAUAAAAAAUUAUUUUAUGAAAAAUCACAUUUCUUUUAAUUAUUAUUGGCAACCAUGAAUUUUUAUACUUUUCUCUUUCUAUUACGGUUGAUACUAUUUUUUUUUUCUUUAGAGAAUCCCCUGAUCUCAAUAUCUUAUAGGUUUUAUUUUGAAAAUGUAUACCCUUGCAAAUCCUAAUGUCAAUACAAAUAAUUCAUUUGAAAUAAUUUGUAAUUCCUUUUAAACUAUUAAUGAAGUACCUAACCAAAAGACAAAUAAAGGGUAUAAAAUUAAAACAAAAAUUCAAUCUACCUAACAUUUUAUAAAGCCAUUUUAUGCACUGUUUUUUUGUUUUUUAAGAAUUUAAUUAUUUGCAUUAAUAACUUUAUUUCCCCUAAAUAGUUAAGUUAAUUUUUGUUGUUUAACUAAAAUAUAUAACAUAAUUUAUCACAGUACAUUUAGAAAUUAAUAUAUGAAUGUUUGUAUGUAAAUUUAUAUUGUGUGACUUGAUUGUGCAUGACAU